AUGCUCACUCCACUCCUCUUCACUUUCAUCCUCUUCCUCAUCUAUCACCUCUACAAGACUAUAUCCUCCCCCCUCUCUUCCCUCCCCGGGCCCAUCCUCACCCGCCUCACUCGGCUCUGGUACUUCCACCGCGUCCGCAACGGCCAUUUCGAGCAGGAUAAUAUAUCCCUCCACAAACAAUAUGGACCCAUCGUCCGCGUCGCCCCAAACAUGUACAGCGUGGCGGAUCUAUCGUCCAUCAAAACGAUCUACGGGAUGGGGUCGAAAUUCCCCAAAUCGGACUGGUACGAGGUGUGGAAACAUCCUGAUCCGGAUCGGUGGGCUUUGUUUCCGGAUCGGGAUGUGAGGAGACAUGCUGAAACGAGAAAACGGUUCACGAACCUCUUCUCGAUGAGUUCGGUUGUGCAUUAUGAGUCUUUUGUCGAUGAUUGCGCGGAUAUCUUCAUUCAGCGGGUAAAGGAGCACGCUGAUACAGCUUUGUCGCUGGAUAUGGGGCAUUGGUUUCAGUGUUAUGCGUUUGAUGUUAUUGGGAACAUUACAUUCGGGGAACGAUUCGGCUUCCUCGAUCGAGGCGAGGAUAUACAAGGGACUAUUGCCGCGCUGAGAAAAGUAGUCAGAUACGGCACGCUCAUCGGCAUCUAUCCACGGCUGCAUCCGUGGUUAUUCGGGAUAUUGAGUCGAUUCAGCUGGUCUGGUGCCGGGGGAAGGCUGUAUAUCAUGCAGUUUGUGCAGAGGAUGAUAGCGAAACACGGACAGAGCGAGAAGCAGCAUUUCCUAGGGAAGAUGGUGAAAGCCAAAGAGGAGAAUCCGGACAAGGUAACCGAUUACCAUCUAUUCAUCAUGUGUCAGUCGAAUAUCGUCGCUGGGUCGGAUACAACUGCUGUUACGCUAUCUGCGAUUGUGUAUCAUUUGUGUCGGUGUCCAGAUGUGUUGAGCAGACUGAAAAGAGAGAUUGACGAGUAUACUGUGAAAGGAAAGUGCAGUGAAAAGGUGACAUUCAAAGAAAGCCAGGACAUGCCGUAUCUCCAGGCCGUCAUUAAAGAAGCUCUACGCAUCCACAGCGCAAAUGGACUGCCGCUAUGGCGAGAAGUGCCAGAGGGAAUGGAAAUCAGCGGUCGAUUCUUCCCAGCUGGAACUGUCGUUGGGGUCAAUGUCUGGGUGGCGCAUUAUAACGAAGAUGUCUUUGAGGAUGCAGCAUCAUUCAGGCCAGAACGAUGGAUUGAAGCUGGACCGGAUAAGUUGAAGGCGAUGAAUGAGAUGUUCAUGCCGUUUGGUCUCGGAUCACGAACAUGUCUUGGGAGGCAUAUUUCCAUUCUGGAAAUAUCGAAACUGGUUCCCAGACUGCUGAGAGAGUUCGACUUUACUCUUCUACGAGAGAACUGGACGACGGAGAAUCUGUGGUUUGUCAAACCGACUGAUUUGGACGUGUUGGUGAGAAAGAUAGUAUAG